CAGGUUGAUUUUUAUUUUAAUACAAGCCAGUGAAGAUGACACCAAAACAUGAAAAACAAGAAUUUGUAACUGUCUUGGUGCGAGACCCCAGGACACAAAAAGAAGACUCGUGGCAUUCUUACAUAGACUAUGAGAUAUUUAUUCAUACAAACAGUAUGUGCUUUACAAGGAAAACAUCCUGUGUUAGACGACGCUUUCGAGAAUUCGUUUGGCUUCGACAGAGGCUUCAGAGCAAUGCGGUGCUUAUACAGUUACCUGAACUGCCAUCUAAAACUCCCUUUUUCAAUAUGAACAAUCCCCAUCAUGUGGACCAUCGCCGGCAGGGUCUGCAAGAAUUCCUGGAAAAGAUCCUACAGGACGCAUUAUUGCUUUCAGACAGUAGGCUUCACCUCUUCUUACAGACUCAGCUAAGCCCAGAAGAUAUGGAGGCGUGUGUGUCUGGACAGACCAAAUACUCCGUUGCUGAUGCGAUUCAUAAGUUCGCCUCUCUGAACAGACGUUUUCCUAUAGAAGAUGAAGAGAGAAAAAAAGGCAAAACCGAUGCGGAUUCUGAUUCGGAGAGUUCAUCCUCCGGGCUCGGACCUAGUGAUGACAGCGUUUCAUGCGGAUGUAAAGCAAGCCCAGCUUCUGAAGAAUCGUGAAAAAUCAUUCCUGUGUUGCUAUCUUGAGGACAGUACAAAGCAGUUUCUGCUCUGUUUACUGGUUAUGUGUACCACGCAAACACGGCUGGCUGGCAACGCGUACCGAAAAGACGCGUUGUCAAUACAACUGUAUGUCCUUAAAGAUUUUCAAAACAGACCUUGAUACUAUUUCUUUGCUGAUUUAUUAUGUACAUUGAUUCAGGUCUACACACUACCUAUUACAUUUAGGUUUUUGUGACUAUUAAAAUCUCAGUAUUGGGUAAGUCAUGCUGUGCUGACAUACGUGGCAGUUAAAAUACUUCCCUUAGUGAGUGCCUGUCUCGGAUCUGCAAAAUAAAGAUAACUUAAUUCCUCAGCUUAGAAGUUGGUAUAUCAUAUCAAAUAUAUUCAAAGCAUCUUUUUGUAAUUUGCAUCAGAGAAGUUUCAUCUUUAGAAGUCAUUUGACAUUGGUGAUGAAAUUACAUACCCCACAAGGUAUUCACUUUUUAAAGUAGCUCAGCAACAUCAGCAAAACAACAUUUGUACAAACUAUAUGCUGCUGACAAUUUGAGAUAUAAAUAUAUCUUCCUCUGGUCUUUCUGUAAUGUUGAUGGGAAGCUUGGUUUUAUCAUGUAUGAGAACUGAAGGCCAAAAUUCUUGAGCGUGAUUGCUUAAAAGUUAGAAAUAUUACUAAAACGGACAUAAUUUCUAGGCUUGCUGGAGAGUCUCGGUUCCCAGGGAAUUAUGGAUGCUCAUUCCCAGUGAAAAUCCUGGAUGAGCUCCAUUGAAACCAACGGCUGAGUUUUGCAUCGACCUCGCUAGGGCCAGGAUUUCACCCAGCAUGUUUAACUUCAGGCGCUUAUAUUUGAAGAUGCCAGGGGAGAUGUUUUAGUUUAGCAGUUUAAAUGGAUAGUAUCUUCCUUUCCAAGAUGGUGAUCAUCACAUAGCUGUAGCACCCUGUGGGGACCUGGACCUCUCCGCUCUUUGGGAGUAACAGGAGCUGCUGGUUUCACUGUGGCUGUAGUUAACACGUUGGAAUAUUGACUUUUUCACAAACAAAAGGCAGGCUUGAACGCAACUUCGUAACCACCAA